UGGGAGACGCCGCUCCGGCGGGAUAGAGGGGCGGAGACGGGGGCACCCCCGGGGCCCGGCCCGCCCGGGGCUCGCCGUGGGCCCGCACAGAUGCUGGUGCACAGCUACCCGGGCAUGGACCGCGCCGAGGGGCUGCCCGGGGCGUCUGCCGGGGCCCGCUUGCCGCAGCUGCCCGCUCUCAACCAGACGCCCUACGGCUCGGCUCCGCCGCUCUGCCACACGCCCGCCGCCGACUUCCAGCCGCCCUACUUCCCCCCGCCAUACCCGCAGCCGCCGCUGCCCUACCCGCAGGGCCAGGAGCCCGCUUACCCGCACCUGGCCGACCCGUACGCGGCGCUCAGCCCGCUGCACCAGCACCAGCAGCCCGCCUGGCCCCCGCAGCGCUCCCGGCAGGACGACGCGGGGCUGCUCUCGCAGACGCACCGCGCUCUGGGACUCGACCCCCGCCGCGAGUACCCCGCCGUGCCCCGCCUGCUCCACGGCCUGCCCGACGGCGGGCACGGCCUCCCCGACGGCCCGCUGGGCCUGCACGGCCUCGGGCACCACGGCCUCGAGGAGAUCCAGGCGGCGGACGACGGCGGGAUGAACCUGCUCGAUCAGUCCGUCAUCAAGAAAGUGCCCAUCCCCUCGAAGGCCAACGGCACCAUUCCCUCCCUGAUGAACAAGGACGGGCUGAUCGGAGGGGUGACGAACCCCAACGAGGUUUUCUGCUCGGUGCCCGGCCGCCUCUCGCUGCUCAGCUCCACCUCCAAGUACAAGGUGACGGUGGGGGAGGUGCAGAGGAGGCUCUCGCCCCCCGAGUGCCUCAACGCCUCCCUCCUCGGCGGGGUCCUGCGCAGAGCAAAAUCAAAAAACGGGGGUCGGUGUUUAAGGGAAAGGUUAGAGAAAAUCGGCCUCAAUCUACCCGCAGGACGGCGCAAAGCUGCCAACGUCACCCUGCUGACAUCACUGGUGGAAGGUGAAGCUGUCCACCUGGCCCGGGAUUUUGGCUACGUGUGUGAAACAGAAUUCCCAGCCAAAGCGGCGGCAGAGUACCUGUGCCGACAGCACUCCGACCCCACGGAGCUCCACACCAGGAAGAACAUGCUGCUGGCCACCAAGCAAAUUUGCAAAGAGUUUGCAGACUUGAUAGCGCAGGACCGCUCACCUCUGGGGAACAGCCGCCCCUCGCUGAUCCUGGAGCCGGGCGUGCAGAGCUGUCUGACUCAUUUCAGCCUCAUCACCCACGGCUUCGGCGGCCCGGCCAUCUGUGCAGCACUGACAGCCUUCCAGAACUACCUGGUGGAGUCCCUCAAGGGGCUGGAUAAAAUGUUCAUCAGCAGCACAGGGAACGGGCACACGGCCGGAGACUCCAAAGCGUCAGAGAAGGACGGGAAGCAUCGGAAGUGAGGUGCAGGCUCCAUCCCCUGCCUGGGGAGCUCCCACAGCCCGAGGAAGGUCAGCAGUGCCAGGAGGACGCGGCGCUUUCUGAACCGCUCCAUUCGAACCGGGGGGGGGGGGGGGCGAAACUCAAAAUGCAAACUACAAAAAGAGAAACGGAUCGAAGCUCAGCAGGAAGGAAACAACUCUGACAGACGUGGCGAGGAGGAGAAAAUAAGCCAGUUUGAUGGCUUUUUCGUUUUGCCUUUUUUUGUUUUUUUAAAUCACAGAUGCAGGAAGCCAAGUCAUGUGCAAUUUUUUUUUUUCCUUUCUUUCUUUCUUUUUUUUUUUUAAAGCCCGUAAUAAAAUCCUGACAAGCUCCAGGAAUUUGUUCUGAGCAAAGAACUGAGAAGAGCGAACAAAAGCCGCCCCAAUACCAGGAGUGGGGGCACGAGAGGCACAGAGCUGUGCUUGGAUCUGCCAGCUGGCUGUGACGGGCAAGCAAGUUGACCCAAGCAACCUUCCUAUUUCUUCCUAUUUCCCCACCUACAGCCCAGCCCUAAAGCCAGGCCAGGAGAAAACCUCCAGCUUUGGGUUUGAAGCGGUUUCAGGCUUCAUUUUGCAGAGCACCUGCGAUGCUCCCAGGAGGGACAAAGCAGGAACAUGGAGCCCAGGACUUGCUGCAACUCCACAACCUACAGAGAACAGCACACACACGUUUUUAAAGUUAUUAUUAAUAAUAAUGAAUUAAGCACAAGGAGCAGAACUUGAACCAGGCCAAACUGAACUGUUCUAAAUCUGUAUAUAUUUAUUUAUGUGUAAUUAAAUCUGAAAGUUUUAAAAUGUCCAGUGCGAGUUAUUUAUAUCAAAUUGAGUUGGUUAUUUGGUUUGGUUUAUUUUCUUUUUUUUUUCUUUUUUCCUUUUUGAAAGAUGGACGUUUCUGAUCUUUCUGCCAUUAGAAAUGGGAAUGAAGUUUUGGAUACACAGAACUGUAGCAUGGAUGAGAUAGGCUAUGAUAACAAUAGAAGUUCUGCAGGAUUUUGUACUUGCUGUUGUUUCUCUUAAUGCUGCACUAGAUGUACAACACCCACAUCGUAAUGUCGUUCUCAUUACCUUAAUAAACCUCUUUUUAUUUGAAGAAAGCACCUCCACCGUCUUUGUGAACGAAGGUCCUCCUGCCUCUGUGGCUGAACCUUGAAACUGUUGUGUAGAUGUGAGAAAGGACAGCCUCCAGUUCCAUGGCUCACAUCCAUCCGACCGGCACAGCCAAGAGAAAGCUCAGGGAAUGGCAUUCCAGGGGAGCAGACAUGGCAACGGCACUUGGCAAAACCAGAGGGGAUGCUGAGAACGUUUGCAGCCUUCCCAACACAUCUGUUGCUAUCACAGCUACAGAACUGGCAGCUGGGCACAUAGGUUACCUUGGAAUGUUCUCAAAAUUCUGUUUCCUUUGGAGGUUGCAGAAGAGGACAGUGAUAACAGAAAUAAUCCAGUAGGUCCCAGAAGGAGCCACAGGCUUCCAGAGGGCCCCCCUGUUUCAGCAAGAACACUUUAUGUGCUGAUGUAGUUUGUGGGGAUGGCUCUGAGUCAGAAGCCUGUCCCUAAAUACUCCCUUCUAAAACUUACGUGGGGAUGCACAUAAAUUGGGAAUCAGAUUGGAAAUGUCCCAUGGUACGAAGCUUACAAAAACAAAAACCUAAAUGACAGGCUCCACAGGUCUGGUUUUGCUCUGGACCUUCCCAAAGGAACAAGGAGAAGCCAGGGAACAGAAUGGAAAUCCUAGAACCACAUUAGACACUUGUCUGCACUUCAAAGCUAUUUUGGAUAAUGCAGGGCGUGAGCUGAAAGCACAGAAGUCAUUCCUAUAUAAAAUUACUCCAAAAUAGG